GGGGCGGGGCGGGCGCUCCAACGGCCGCCCCGGCUGAGGGAGCGCGGCCGGCGGGGCUUUAUAACCGGCGAGGCACCGGCGGGCCGGCGGCUUAGCGUGGCGGCGGAAGGAACGGGAAGCCCCGGCGAAAGAAGAAUCAAUAAUGUCAGCACUAAACUGGAAGCCCUUUAUCUAUGGUGGUUUAGCAUCAAUCACUGCAGAAUGUGGUACUUUCCCCAUUGAUCUGACCAAAACACGUCUGCAGGUUCAAGGUCAAGUUAACGAUGCCAAAUAUAAAGAGAUCCGCUACCGUGGAAUGGUGCAUGCGCUAGUCAGAAUAUGCAGAGAAGAAGGAUUGAAAGCCUUAUACUCUGGGAUUGCACCUGCAAUGCUGCGCCAAGCUUCAUAUGGAACUAUAAAAAUAGGCACCUACCAGAGCUUAAAGAGAAUGUUUGUUGAGCAUCCAGAAGAUGAAACCCUGAUGAUAAAUGUUCUAUGUGGCAUUCUUUCGGGAGUAAUCUCAUCAUCUAUUGCCAACCCUACAGAUGUCUUAAAGAUCAGAAUGCAAGCCCAAGGCAGUGUGAUUCAAGGAGGAAUGAUGGGCAACUUCAUACAGAUCUACCAAAAGGAAGGCACUAAAGGAUUAUGGAAGGGAGUAUCAUUGACAGCGCAGAGAGCUGCUAUUGUUGUUGGAGUGGAACUGCCAGUGUAUGACCUUACCAAGAAGCACAUAAUUAUGUCUGGAUUUAUGGGAGAUACAGUAUAUACUCACUUCCUCUCAAGUUUUACUUGUGGAUUAGCUGGAGCCCUUGCAUCCAACCCAAUUGAUGUUGUGAGAACACGCAUGAUGAAUCAGAGAAGCCAGCAGCAUGGGGGACACUCAAACUACAAGGGUACUCUGGAUUGCUUGCUACAAACAUGGAAGAAUGAAGGCUUUUUUGCGCUAUAUAAAGGGUUUUGGCCAAACUGGUUAAGACUCGGUCCUUGGAAUAUCAUUUUCUUUCUGACGUAUGAGCAACUGAAGAAAUUAGACUUCUGACACGCUGAAGCGUAUGCUGAAUUCUGUUAAUGUACUGUUUGAGCUUAGAGCAGCUUGUAGGUUAUCCUGAAUAUCCACUCUUGAUCGUCUGAGAAGCUGGCCAGAGGAAGAGGCUGCUACGAGACUGUUGUGAGAGAGAACAACCCGGGAGUGAUUUCAAGGCAACCUGGCUCCUGCAGGAACGGCUUGCUCCUGUCAUUGGGUGGAUGAUGUGCACUAUUUUCUAGACUGAACCAAAUGCGGAGGUGUACCUUCUGUCAAGUCUUUAAGUGUUCUUGAAUGUGAAGAUGUGUAAUGUAACUUUAUGCUGUUGAGAGUCAGAUGGACAGUGUUUAUAGGUGUAAGAGACAAAGGACAAUCUUUCUCUAAAGGAAGAUAGGUAGUACCGAGGAGCUGGGCUUUUCCUGUUUUCAGAGGCAUAUAUAAUUUGACUGCGAUAAUUAAUAGCUUCCAAUUAACCGUAAGCGUCAUAAAACAUCUUUGCAGGCCUUCAGUUCAGCAAAACUACCUGCUGCGAUACAAAAUCUGCUUCUGGUUUUAGGUAUUUCCUGUGUUGAAAUCCUUGGAUGUCUGCAUAAUUAGCUGGGAAUAAUCCAGCUUCAUUUGAAAGCGUGGUUGCUGCAGUUGUCAGUUUUGCAUUGCUUGAGGAAAGUUGGUUUGUUUGGUUUUUUGGUUUUUUUUUUUCUGUUUUUCCCCAAUGUAUGAUUCUUAGUUUUCAGCAUAAGUUAUUCUUCAACAUAUUCAUAUGUAAAUUGCAAUUAGGAAUGAAGUUCAAAUGAGUCCAUGCUCAUCUGCCUAUCUUGCAGAGAAACUUUUCAUGUUUCUUCCAUCGUUGGGAAGAACUACUUGUAAUGGUUACUGGCUGUUACGUACCAUUGGAAGGACGCUGGUGUUACAGUGGGCAGUUCAGGCUGUCGUGUGGGUGCCUGCCUGAAAAGAACCAAACCCCUCUAAAGCUAAGUUGUCCAAAAAGACUGAUUUUUCUUCUUAAAAAGACACCCAGAUGUGGAACCACUGAGCACUUUCCUACAGCAGACAGGCCCGAGUCGCUGUUACAUGUUACCCUUCAUGUAGGAAUCGACCACAGCUUCCUUAAAGCAUGACUUUGGGGUUUAAAUGUAGAUCCAAACUUCUGGGCCAUUAACUAAAGAGUUAUGUUGAGGUUCUGACAGAUGUUAAUUUCAAGAAAGGAGUCAAGGGUGGUCCUCCAUCACAGAGGGGUAGCAAAGCAGGAGGGGUAGCUUUGCAUUUUUGUGGCAUUGUGUUAAUCUCUCCAACACUUUUGGUUAACUGUACAUUCCACUUAAAGAAAUUUCCUUGCGAUUUCAAAAUUACUACAGUCGCUUCAAAUCACUAAUUUUGAAUUCACAAAUGGAUUUUUAAAUGCACAAGGCACUUUCUGUCCUAAGGCACAAUGUUUUUUCGAUGUAUAUGUGUGUGCUCAUGUGCAGUGUUUUUUCUUACAACUGUUUCUAUGCUUUCGUAGACAUAUCUGUAAAUAUUUUUGUACAGGGUGUAAACUAAGCCUAUGUUUUACAUUUUUCAGCUUAUUAAAGGUUUUGAAAUUAAUGUG